AUGGUAAUAUUCGCAAGCCGCCAGUCCAUUCCAGACGUUAUCAUUUCUGAUAAUGCCAGUACCUUCCAAUCGGCGGCUACUGAACUCGAGCACCUGUUUAAUUCGCCAACGCUCAAACAGGAGCUCGGCAAACAAGGGAUAGAUUGGAAGUUUAUCCUGAAAAGAGCUCAAUGGUAUGGAGGGUUUUGGAAGAGGCUGAUCGGCCUCACGAAGACGACGCUGAAGAAAGUCCUUGGCCGAACAUCCAUCAACUUAGUCACUCUCCAGACGGUUGUCAUGGAAAUUGAGGCUAUCCUUAAUGACCGCCCACUAACAUAUGUCUCUCCUGACAUAAAUGAUGAAGACCCUCUCACACCAUCCCAUAUACUGUAUGGAAGGAGGAUUACCAGUCUCCCACAUCCUGACACUGAUGCGGACGAACUAACUGACCCGAGCUAUGGAAACGAUGAUCAUCUCCGAAGGGAUGCUACCCGUGUAGCACUAGUUAUACAACACUUCUGGCAGCGCUGGAAGCAGGAGUACCUCACUUCGCUGCGGUGCUUCCAUGGCGCAACAGGUGGCAGCGGUGAAACACGCGUCAAGAUAGGAGACGUCCAGAUCCACAGCGAGAAAAAAGAGGUUGAAGUGGAAACUAGGCGUAGUGGAAGAUCUGAUUAG